AGUGCUGGAACCUACCUGCCUUCCUUUGACUCCAGCUUUCACCCUCCAUAACUUUUCCUUAUUUAUCCCGCCAGGUCUUCUUCAACAUUGACAUAGAAAUUGUUCGUUGUCGUGCUGUUCAUUAUCAGUGUCAAAAAAACUCAUACUUCUCCCUUAACACCAUGGACACAUUACUAACUGCUGACAUUAUCGCCAAUUCCCCGCGUUUCCGACGGAAGUCUUCUACCUUUGUCGAUGCGAUCCAUGACCUACCCGAGAAGGCCGAUCUAGCUCCGGCCCAGCUCUACAGUACCGAGUCAGGACGGCUUUUCCACUCCGGCCGAAUCGUCAUCAUCACCGUGGGGUUACCGGCGAGGGGUAAAACACAUAUGUCUGUAGCUCUAGCGCGAUAUCUACGAUGGUUAGGCGUGAAAACCAGAAUAUUUCAUCUAGGAGAUUAUAGACGUGCAACCAUUCCCUUUGGCCAGGAUAUUCCAGAUGACUACUUCUUCGUGAACGCAUCCGCUUCAUCGGUCCUCUUAAGACAAAAGAUUGUGAAACGGUGUCGGGAAGAUAUUUAUCAGUUUCUGAACCAUGAAAAUGGACAGAUAGCCAUUUACGACGCCGUCAAUCCAUUGGCAUCCGGUCGGCGAUCACUCGCAAAAGAAUUCGCUAAGCAUGACAUUGAGACACUAUUCAUCGAGUCGUGGUGUGACGACGAGCGCAUAAUCGAAGAAAAUGUCCGAAGGGUCAAAAUAUCCUCACCCGAUUAUGUGGGCUGGAGCUCGGAAGAUGCUGUGAAACAUUACCUGACUCGGAUAGCCGCUCGUAUUCCUCAAUUUCAGUCAAUGGAGGAGACGGAUCUGAACUAUAUCAAGAUGAUGAAUGCUGGGGAAAGGUUAAUUGUGAACAAUCGAAGCUUCGGCUAUCUUUCCAACAGAAUAGUGUUCUAUCUCCUCAAUCUUCACAUAAAAUCCAGACACACAUACUUUGCACGAGCUGGCGUAUCACUGGAAGCGGAUUCUUAUAAAGCAGAUGCCUCGCUGUCUGAGCAGGGCGAAGACUACGCGAAGAAGAUGACGGAGUCCUUGCUGAGGCAUAGGGAGUCUGAAAGGCAAGCAAUGAUCGACGAGGGAGAACCGAGUUACGAGUUAAAACCACUUACUGUCUGGACCUCCACACGAAGAAGGACAGUUGAGACGGCUAAGUAUCUCCAUGAAAAAGGAUACAAAGUGCGACAGAGAUCUCAGAUGAGCCAAUUAAACCCGGGAGUUUGCGAGAAGAUGUCAGAGGCAAAGAUCCGUCAGGAGUAUCCGGAAGAGGUUGCAAAACACGAACUUGACCCCUACCAUCAUCGGUAUCCGCGGGCGGAGUCAUACCAUGACCUUGCAGUUCGACUCGAACCUAUCAUUCUAGAGCUCGAGCGUGAACAAAACGAUUUGCUGAUUAUCGCACAUGAAAGCGUGCUGAGAGUCUUAUACGGGUACCUGAUGGCCUGCAAUGCUGCGGAUAUCCCAUUCUUGAAUUUCCCUCGUGAUGAGAUUAUUGAAAUCAUACCCGAAAGCUAUCAAAACGAAGCACGCAGGAUCCAUAUCUCUGGCCUUCCCAGAGAAAUCGUCCCCGGUUCUCCUCAGGACAUCAAGAUCCCUGUGCCCCCCAGCGGAGUAACAACCCCUUUGGCUGCUGAUCUUGGCAGCCCGCGCGAGGGUCUCUCGACUCCACAGAGCGGUCUCCGAACCCCGCGCGAACCGGAAAGAAUUUCACAGCAGCAUGUUGAAGACCACAAAAAGUCAGUCGAUUUGCGACAGACCGCCUGCCCCCGCUUCUCUUACCUGUUCGUCCGUGCAUCUGAGAUUGAUUCAGUUCUGACACCAAGCGGUUGUUCAUUACCUCCCUUUCCAGACCCGUUGGGCUCCGAUUUCACCAGCUCAAUGGUCUCUGUCACCACUGAGUACAUUAGCGUUGGGGGCAAUAGGCAUCCCGCCGCCGCCGAUUGGGAUGUCCGGACUGGCGUGCUUGCCUUCGGUGCCGAUAACAAUGUAGCACUGUGGAACCCAAAUGAUAGUACGCAGCGCGGAGUCUAUUCACUCCUUGUCGGCCACACCGACAAGGUCAGCGCCGUUCGAUUCUACACCUGCCCUACUACAGACGCUAAAUACCUUUUGACCGGGUCAGUCGACCAUACAAUCCGCCUAUGGCGAGCGCACUCAGCCGACUCGCGUCAAUACGUGCACGUGAAUACCCUGGAAGGCCAUACUGGUUCAAUCAAUACCAUCGCCGUGGCUGACGGGCACGACAUCGUGGCAACGGGAGCCGCUGAUGGAACCGUCAAAGUAUGGAAGAUUCAUGCUCAGGGCGAAGCGAAGGGCGAGCUGCUCAAGUCAAUAUUCAUGAAGCCACGGUUCUUUCCACUGGCCUUGGCAUUGAGCCCUCUUCAAUCGGAGUCGGAUACCAGACCCGUCGCCUUAGCGGUUGCAGGCACCACCAAUGCCGUGCAAAUUUACGUGGCGGAGAAUACCCAUACAGCUCUUGAAUUCAAGCUCUCGGCUGUGUUGUCUGGACAUGAGGCUUGGGUACGGUCCUUGAAUUUCACGUUAGACAAGCAGAGCGCAGCCGGUGACAUUCUGCUGGCCUCGGCGAGUCAAGACAAAUAUGUCCGACUUUGGAGACUGCAGCGUGGGGAGGCUACUUCUACUGCUCCGGCCGAUUACGGUGACCCCAUGAUAGGUGGCGUUGAGACAACUCUUUCGAACAAAGCCCACCAAUUCGAGGUAACCGGGCUGAAAUUCUCUGUCACCUUUGAAGCGCUACUUUUCGGAAACGAGGACUGGAUCUACACCGCCAACUGGAAUCCCAAUCCAGAGCGCCAGCAGCUCCUCACUUCCUCGGCUGAUAAUACAUUAACCAUUUGGGAGCAAGAUCCUGCUUCCGGGGUGUGGCUCUCCGCCGAGAGGAUGGGAGAGAUUAGCGUCCAGAAAGGCUCAACAACCGCUACUGGCAGUACGGGUGGGUUUUGGAUUGGCCUCUGGUCUCCAGAUGGCACACAGGUUGUCAGCCUCGGUCGUACCGGUAGUUGGCGAGCAUGGAAAUAUGAUGCAGCAUCUGACUUGUGGGUGCAAUCUCUUGGGAUUUCUGGACAUGUACGGUCGGUCAAUGGCGUGCAAUGGGAGCCUUCUGGCGGAUACCUCCUGUCGACUAGCGCCGACCAAACCACGCGCCUUCAUGCCAAAUGGGAGCGCGAAGGACUUCAGUCUUGGCAUGAGUUCUCCCGUCCUCAAAUACAUGGGUACGACCUGAAUUGUAUCGAUACUCUAGGACCGGCUAGAUUUGUGUCUGGCGCAGACGAGAAGCUGUUGCGGGUUUUCAAUGAGCCUCGACCAAUUGCGCAACUACUGGAGAGGCUCUCCGGUUUCAAGCAAUCCGAGGAGGUUCAACUGCCUGACGCAGCCGAGAUCCCUGUGCUGGGUUUGUCAAACCAAGCUCCGGCUGACGAUGCCCCCGGAGGAGAGGAGGAAACAGAUAAAGCAUAUAUGGAAAAGACACAGGCUAUCUCAACGGCACUGCUAGAGUCGAAUCAACCGCCAUUGGAGGAUCAACUGGCUCGUCACACCCUAUGGCCCGAGCAUGAGAAGUUAUAUGGCCACGGCUAUGAAAUUUCUGCCGUAGCCGUUAGCCACGACCGCACGCUUAUCGCCACGGCCUGCAAAGCGAGCUCGAUUGACCAUGCGGUGGUUCGUUUAUAUGACACUUCCGACUGGCAUGAGAUUCGGCCCUCCCUUGCCGCUCAUACAUUGACCAUCACAAGUCUCUGUUUCUCUAGUGAUGACCAGCAUCUUCUCAGCGUUGGUCGUGACAGACAAUGGGCUGUGUACAAGCGCAGCGAGCAAGACCCCUCAACCUUCUCAAUACUGACGAACAAUCCCAAGGGUCAUUCGCGUAUGAUUCUCGACGCCGCAUGGGCUCCGAUAUCACAGACUCCUAUCUUCGCGACUGCUGGCCGCGACAAGUCAGUGAAGGUCUGGCAAAUGCAUGACGGUGCAUGCGAAUGCAAGGCGACAAUCCCCUUGAAUACCCCCGUAACUGCCAUCUCAUUCCUUUCGAGUAUACAGAAGAAUUCGUUCAUUCUCGCCGCGGGCGAAGAGAGCGGGGAGCUGUCUAUCCACCGUAUUGCCAUCGGCAGUCUGCAAAUUAGUCACCUGGCAAGCGUUGACAAGUUCAAAUCGCCGUCCAAGGCCAUUACCCAACUUUCCUGGCGGCCGGGCCAGAAGGAAGCGGCGCCACAUUUCGUGCUUGCCGUGGCCAGUGAAGAUACCUCGCUGCGCAUAUAUAAUUUCUCGGAUUUGGUUUCAUGAACGGAAGAUUGGUAUAUCCAGGUACACGUAGUAUAUCCGCAGUAGGGGACAAUGAUGAAAGCCAACAAAGAAAAAAUGAAGUAAAUACCAUUCAUUAGAUCGUCUGCAUGUUGAAAAACGCCCGGAGGAGUGGCUUGAAUGUAUCCGCUUGUUCU